AUGAGCAAAGAAUCAGCAAAAGGUGUGGUAGCUUUUCAAGCAAGGCAUGAGUUUAAGGAUGGGAAGAAAGAUUGGAAAAAUUCUGCAACCAAAAGGGGAGGGAAAAAUCAUGGUGGUGAGUUAUUCAAAGGAAAAGCAACGAAAGGGAAAAGGUUUUUCCUUGGUGGUUCUGUGUUAGGAGACCAGUUUGUUUUAACCUAUGUCAUGAACAAAUGGAAAGCAUAUCUAAUCAAGCACUUGAUUCCGGUGAAAAAUCCUUUGAAGACACCUAUAUUGGACGAUGCUGUGGAGCCAUACAUUGGAAUGGAGUUCAGGUCUAGGGAUGCUGCUCAGGAGUUUUACAUCGCUUAUGGCAGGCGAAUUGGAUUUACUGUCCGCAUACACCAUAAUCGUCGUUCGCGGAUAAAUAAUGUGGUUAUUGGGCAGGAUUUUGUUUGUUCAAAAGAAGGUUUUCGGGAAAAGAAAUACAUGUACAGGAAGGACAGGGUUCUUCCUCCACCACCAAUCACUCGUGAGGGCUGUCCUGCAAUGCUGAGAAUAGCUUUAAGGGAUGGAGCCAAGUGGGUUGUUACCAAAUUUGUAAAGGAACAUAAUCACACAUUAAUUUCUCCUGGUGAAGUCCCGUGGCGAGGAUCUGCAAAAGAUUUGAUCAGCGAGGAUGGGAAGGAUCGGAGAAUACGAGAACUGACCAAUGAACUUCACAGUGAGAGACAAAGAUGUAAACGCCGUUGUGCAGUGUAUCAAGGACAGCUGCGUGCAGUGUUGAAGUUUGUGGGGGAACAUACGGAUCAGUUGUCAAUAAGAGUCAAUGACAUAGUCAAGAAUGUGAAGGAGCUCGAGGAUGAUCGGUUAGAAAACUCAGAUUACUGAUAUGUUUGGUGUCAAAAUGUUUUUGCCAGACGCAGACAUGUUCUGCGAACAGUUUGUACAUUUUUUUUUAUCGUUAUUUGAUUUUUUUUUUGUUACUAUUUUGACUAUUAUUUACUAUUGGUUUCACAGUAAA